GCUUGACUCAUCCCCCCAACUCACUGGGGCUGACGUCCCAGCUCUGUAACAGAAAUCAUCACCGCUUCAGCCCAGCACAGCAGAGAACGACCUAGCCUAGGGCUCUCUUUCCCUCCACCAUGGAGUACCUCUCUGCCCUGAAUCCCAGCAGCCUACUCAGGUCAGUAUCCAGUAUGAGCUCUGAGUUUGGCCGGAGGGUCUGGACCUCAGCUUCACCACCGCAGCGACCUUUCCGUGUCUGUGAUCACAAGCGGACCACCCGGAAAGGUCUGACAGCUGCCACCCGACAGGAACUGCUAGACAAGGCACUAGAGAUCCUGCUGCUGAGUGGAGCGCUAACCCUGGUGCUGGAGGAGGAUGGCACCGCAGUGGAGAGCGAAGACUUCUUCCAGCUGCUGGAGGAUGACACGUGCCUGAUGGUGCUGGAGCUCGGGCAGAGCUGGAGGCCCAGCAGGAGCGGGGUGCUGUCAUAUGGCCUGGGCCGGGAGAAGCCCAAGCACAGCCAGGACAUCGCCCGCAUCACCUUUGAUGUGUACAAGCAAAACCCUCGAGACCUCUUUGGGAGCCUGAACGUCAAAGCCACAUUCUAUGGGCUCUACUCCAUGAGUUGUGACAUUCAAGGACUCGGCCCAAAGAAAGUACUCAGGGAGCUCCUCCGAUGGACCUCCACCCUGCUGCAAGGCCUGGGCCAUGUGUUCCUGGGAAUUUCUUCCACCAUUCGCCAUGUACUGGAAGGGGCCGGGCAGCGGCAGCAGCAGGGUCGCCUUCACCCCUACUGAAAAGGGGCUCAGAGCUUCUGCCCCUAGACUCAUUCCCAGAGACGGCUGUCACCAUGGUGACAUUAGGCUUGGGACUUGCAGACACUGCAGACUAGAUAACUCACCUGGUCUCCCCACUGUCCUCUGACCUCAUCAGCGUAAUGCCUUACACCACUAGCCUAUUCCCAUUUCUGAAGAAUGCUGUCCCUUCCCAGCCAUCUUUUCAGCCCCCCCCCCUACCCUGAAAGGCCACAGGCUUGUCCCAGGCAUCUCAAUACCACCCUGACUGCUGCCACCUCUAGAUGUUCUUACAGCUCCUCUCCCUGAGCUCCCCAGUCAGCGAAGACAGCCCUCUCGGGCUUUAUCUUGAGAUCUCUACUUCUUCAUACCCUUUCCAAGAAUAGCAAAGACAUUUCCAAUAAAAAU